CGCUCUCCGCGGUGCGUAGCGAGGGGGAGGGCGGGGAGGCACCGCCCCGGCUCCGCCGCCUCGUGGGACCCGCUGCUGCCGCCGCCGCAGCCGUGCAGCUACUAGCACUCCUUGGAGACGAUGGACCACUCAGCGAAUGCACCUGGGCUCCUGGAAGGCUCUAAUAUUGGGUCACAGAAAGAGAGAGUGGUGACUGAGGAGGAAUGGCUACAAAAAUGGGAAGUGGGUAACAUCGGGUUUCACAAGGAACAAGGACAUCCGCUCCUCCAGAAGUAUUUGGAUGUUCUUUUAAAUGGCAAGAGUGGACUGAGGAUAUUUUUCCCACUUUGUGGUAAAGCAGUAGAGAUGAAAUGGCUGGCAGACAUGGGACACAACGUUGUUGGUGUGGAAGUAAGCGAACAAGCACUGAAGGAUUUUUUUUCAGAACACAGUCUGCCUUAUUGUGAGGAGCCAGUCCCAGAGAUUUCAGGAGGAAAAAUGUUCCAGAGUACCUCUGGCAACAUUUCCCUGUACUGCUGCAGUAUUUAUGAUUUGUCCAGCUCAAUAGUUGGCAAGUUCGAUGGAGUUUGGGACAGAGGAGCUCUUGUAGCUGUGAAUCCAUGUGACAGACAACGCUAUGCCAGUUUGAUGAUCAACUUAAUGGAGAAGAAUUCUUCUUAUCUCCUUGUUACAGUUUCAUAUGAUCCAAACAAACACAAAGGCCCACCAUUUUAUGUUCCUGAAUCUGAAAUUAAAAGCUUGUUUGGUUGUGGAGAACAGGAGGGGUGCCUGAGGACUGAAGAAAAGACAGUGUCACUUCAGUCUUCCAAAAGGGGCAAGAAGGAGGACCUAGGAACCUGCACGCCAGUCAGCUUCACCUCAAUCCAUGGAAAGUUGUCAAGAGGAUGGGACCAGACUCUUUUUAGUGUUUCCCAGCAACAGGACAAAGAGCAACAGGCCCAAACUGAAACACAGGAAGUUCCAUCUGAAUAUAAGGAAAAACUUCUCUACUUCGAGGGUGACAGAGUACUGGAACUUCUCCCCUUUGCAGCUUGUUUUGAAAGGAAAGUAUGAUUGCAAUGUAGUGUAUUCAUCAAGAAUAGAAGGCAAGUAAAAGCCAUGAGGUUUUUUAGACUGUUGUAGUCCUAGAGCUGCAAAUGGGUCUAAUGAUUUUAGCACAGCAGUCUUCACGCCUACAGCCCAUCGCAACACUCGAUAUUGCUUGUAGAUACUCAUGUUUCAAGGUCAGGUCAACAGAGAGAAGAGAUGUAGCCAGCAGGCCAGGGCAAGCUCAGAGCUGUUAUUUUUGUAUGUUUUCACUUCUGCUCACUACCGCAGCUACCAGGAUAAAGCAUCUCCUUUCUUUGAAUCCAGAAAUUUUUUUCUAGAUGCAACGUGAGAGCUGCUGAAUUUUAUCUCAGACUUCCAGACACAUGAUAGCCUCAGAAGGCCAGGUGCUUGACAUGAGGCUGCUGCAUGUUCUGUGAUGUCCUGUGCAGGACUCUCAUGUGACAACCUGGCAAGAGCAAUGCCAUGUGCCAAAUGAGCCAUUUUGGGAUGUGUAAGAUGCCUUUGCCAUGUGUGUACCCUGCAGUUACUCUGAGAAUACACCAUAAAUACACCUUGCAGAACAAGCACAUGCUGUUCAUUGUACCUUACAAGACGUGUGUACUUACUUGU